UCCGGAACCUCACAGUGAACGCUUCAACGUUCAACCCACUAAACACCUAAAAUGAAACUACCAAUCCUCCUGAUCGCCGUAGUGGCCUUGGUGGCCACUGUGACGGCCAAGUCCGCUCCUGGUCGCAUGGCAGCGCGGUACGACAACUUCAGGAUCUACCAACUGGACAUUGAAACGGAGUUGCAAAUGGACGAGCUUAAGAAGAUUCACGAGCACAUCACUGUGCACAUCCUCAACGAACUGGGUGCUCCCGGAAACAAGUACAAUGUUAUUGUGGGUCCUUUGUUCCACAGGGUCUUCGAGAAGACCAUGAAACUCCUGGAAAUCGUCUACGAAGUGAUUGUCGAUGAUCUGCAGAAAUUGAUAGAAGACUCUUCUGUCGGCGACGAUUCCCAAAUGGAAUGGGAGGGCUACCACUCCCUGGAGACCAUUUACGAUUGGGUGGAUCAGGAGUGCGCUGCCCACGAUUUCCUGGAGUGCAAAGUGAUUGGACAGUCCUACGAGGGUCGUGACAUCAAGAGCAUUAAGCUGUCGAAGCGAUCGGGCAACAAGGCCAUCUUCCUGGAGGGCAACAUCCAUGCCAUGGAGUGGAUCUCGUCGGCCACCGUCACCUUCCUCCUGAACCAGCUGAUCAACUCUGAGGAUCCCGCGAUGCAGCGUCUGAGCGAGGAGUACGACUGGAUUGUGGUGCCCAUGGUGAACCCCGAUGGCUUUGUCUACACCCACGAUGUGGAGAGGUUGUGGCGCAAGAAUCGUCGCCCCAACGGAUACAGCAACGAUACUGGAGACUGCUAUGGCAUCGACAUGAACCGCAACUUCGACUACCACUGGGGUGGUGCGGGCUGGAACAUCGACGAGCCCUGCGAUCACUGGUUCGGCGGCGAAGAGCCCAACACUGAGGUGGAGAUCAUCUCCCUGCAGAAGUUCGUGAGCUCCUUCGAGGACGGCUACAUCCGGUCGUACAUGGCCUACCACGCCUACGGACAGUAUGUGCUCCUGCCCUACGGACACUCCAACACCGAGUUCCCCCCGAACUACGAGCAGAUGAAGCGCAUUGCCGCCGCUUUCUCGGAUGCCGCCGCUGAUGUCUACGGUUCCACCUUCACCUAUGGAGCCAGUGGCCUGCUUAACUAUGUCGUCUCUGGAGCUGCCAAGGACUGGGCCUACGGCGUGAAGAACAUCCCCUUCACCUGCACCGUGGAACUGCGGGACAAGGGGACCUACGGAUUCUUCCUGCCCUCCAACCAAAUCACCGAGGUGGGCCUCGAGGUCACCGCUGGCCUGAUCGCCCUGGUCGACAAGGCCGCCGAGGAGGGAAUUUUCGAUUAAAAGCUUGUUCUGUGUUCAUUCAAGAGCAGGUGCUGUGAAUAAUAAAUAUAUAAAUUUAUAUUUAUACAUUUGAACAUUCAAAA